AUGGUACAGUACAGUAAAAAAGAAAGCAUCGUAAAAUCACGAGGACUAUGCGUUACAUCACGCAACUGAUCAUCUGGUCUGUCACAUUAGUUGUGGCUGAGGCUGUCAGACAUGAGAUCCUCUCGGUUGAAGGUGAAGAUGUUAUAUUACGCUGUGAGGCUUCAGCAAAGUCUGGUAUCCAGUAUCAUUCAGUGAUAUGGUACAAGGUUACUAAAGAGCCUUCCCGGCUGUUAACUGGUCUGGUUAUGAAGAGACUUUCUAAAAUCAAUAGUAGAGUUGAAAAAUAUAAAGGCGUCGUAAGAGAGAUAGAGCUCCUGGAAAAUUCAACAAAUCUUUUUAUGCCAAACGUGACUGCUGAAGAUGCUGGGAUAUAUAGCUGCUUUCUGUCUGCACCCCUCGGCCAUCAAAACCAGGAAGGCGAGGUCCAUCUGAAAGUCUAUGGUGAAGAUGCUACAGUUGAAAGACUGCAAUUCAAUAAUAAUGAUACCAUUUUUAUCGCGGCCCUUACUGUACUCGGACUGGCACUCCUUAUAAUGUUCAUAAGCUAUGUUUGCCUAAGAAAUAUACCUCAAAGCAACAAGAAGAUCCAAAAGCAGUUUAUGUUUACAAUACCCCAUCAAGGCAAGGAACUGAUCACCACUUUGCAGUCCAAAAGCUUGAUUUGUAAGACAUUACCUGAGGUGUUUGUGUGAUAGUAAACCAAAGUCCUCAAAAAAAUCAAACAAAGCUUCAAGCAUACGAAACCAACAGCACCAAGGCUGAAGAAGGCCUUUGCUUGAUCAAGGCCUAGGACUCUAUGCUUGUAUACAAACCAACCAAUACAAGCUGAAUAAUCAGCAUGCGAAGAAUGUUAGUAUGUGGCUUCAGCAUGAAGACAGACUGCUGAAAGCAAGAUGGCAAUUGACAUUUUUCAUCAUGGGUACUUUCAGGCUGUUAACACAGUGGAAGUGAAGCAGGUUGGACACUGAGAGGAUAAAGAUGUUUGGAUACCAUGUUAAGUUAUGGCACAAACCCUGUUGUUGUUGUUCUGUCAUGUUAGUGUGUGAUACUUUAAUACAUAUGCAUUCACAUUAAUUCAUUUAGCUAUCAAGCAAAAUAGUUCUCAUUUAAUGUGAUAAAAAUAAUACUCUACCUCAUGAUAUUGUCCUGCUUAAAUGUAGAAAUAAGCAUACAUUUCAUUUCAUGGGCUUCAUUACAUCAAAUUGAAUUUUUUUGUUAAAUUAAUGUUUAAUACAAAUAUGGUAAUGAUAUUGCAGCAGCGCUGUUAACACUAGCUAGGUUAAAUCAAUGUUUUGAUUGGGUUACAAGAAAUUAUUUAAUAUGUUUAUUUUCUAGAUAAAAAAGUAUUCAUCAUAAACAGUAACAGCUUUUCAUUUGUUUAUUAUCAUUGUUGAAAGAUGUAGUUCAAAAAGUACAUUUGUUAAUGGUAUUGUAGAUUAAAGUACUAUGUUUAAAUAGAAUAUGGGUCAAUGACAUGAGAAAGUGUACGGAAUGUAGGUUGUAGCAUUUUUGGUGAACGGGUAAAGUAAAAUAAACUGUGAAAAAUGAAUCUAAAUGCAUUGAAAUGUAAACAGAAAACAUAGUUUCAGACUCAAAAAUAUGCAUUAUAAAAUCUAUUUAUAAAAAAUAUGUUUUUAAGAAUUUUUUGUCAUUGACCCAUGUGCUAUAUUUUUAAAACAUGCUAAUUUAAUUUCUGCAAUGCUUUCUCACACUGUAUUGCACAAUAGAAAUAAAUAAAUAUGACUUGUAACAUG